CGACGAGUGUGUGUGUGUGUGUCACUUCACACCAUAAUCUGAAAAUUUGAACACACUGGUUUUACUUAUCUCAUUGAACAUUAGAUCGGAUCUAUUUUCAGUUGAUCUUGCUGAUUAACUGGCAAUUAUGACUAGAUUUAUGUUGCUGUUCAGGUGAUGCAUGAAUUAUUCAGACUCGUCUCUGACCUCCUCCCGAACACACACACACACACUCGUCUCUUUAUGUUUCUGCACCUGUCUCAGAUACAUCGUCUCUUUUCUGUUCUAGUGUUGCUAGAAAACAGGUGAGUGUCUUGUCUUAUUUUGUAACAAUUAUUGAGUGUGGGAGCAGAAGACUCGCAGAGUCAGUUUACCCGUGAGAGAGGAAACAUCUAACAAGGAGAAUUUUAUUUCACGUUCCUUCAAGGACAUGUGUAAAUAAGUGAAGUGUGUGUAAAAGUACAAGAGCUGUAAAAAUGUUAUUUGCAGGAAAAAUCCAAAAGAUUUCAGCUGUUUCCUGACAAAUUUAAGUGUUUAUGAGAUCACAGAAUAAUAAAUUACAGUGAUAAUUUGGCAAAUAGUAUGGAAGCCUAGAGAUGCCACCCACGCGCAAUAAAAUUAGAGCAAUAUCACAUUAAAACAGAACUUUGUUGUUCCAACAACAUAACUCACAUUUGCACAAUGUGUUAUCAUGUUUGUACAACACAAAUAUUAUAUUGUAAGAAAGAUAACAUAUUGGAAGAAUGUGACAAUUAUAUUAAUAAAGUUACGAUAUAUAACAUGAUAUUCCAAUUUUAUUUUGCGUGGGUGGCAGCUCUACUUUGCCUUAAAAUAGCCUUUAAAAUAACUCUAUCAUUUGCAUGGAUCAGCUUAUAAUUCAUGUUCUUUUAUAUUUUAAAUGUAGUUUUAUUCAUAGUUAAUUGAAUUAUCCAAAUGUUCUGCCCCUGAAAUAAAAAGUACGCGAGACUAGGUAAUUAUGUGCUAAGUCGCUAAAGUAAAGUGCAUUUGCCUGACAGUUACUAUAAUGAAACAUACUAUGACUGUACCUAAAUUUUGCCGCCGAUUUAGUACAUACAACUUAUAAUAAUAGUUCAGUAAGUACAUUUCUAAGUACUUUGUACUGUCUUUAGGUUAAAGUAACUUGUAUUUAAAUGUAUUUUAAUUUGUAAGUAUCAGUAGCUCUGACACAUAAUCACCUUGUCCCGUGUCCUUAUUUAAGCAAUCAGUUUGCGUGCUUUUUCAAGUAAGCAGAACUAAUCAGGUUUUAUAGUGUGGUAGCCAUCUUUGUUACGUUUUAGGAUCAUCUAUGGAAUAAGUGCCGAUAACUACUGUAAUACUAUGUUUAUGUCACUGCCAGGAUGGUGUCACCUGCUAUUGCUCUGGCCUUCCUUCCCCUUGUGCUGACACUGAUUAUCAGGUACCGCCACUACUUUGUGCUGUUCUAUCGGGCGGUUCUGGUCAGGAUUUGGAAGGACUGUGCCACCGGUUUGAGCCGGGAAGAGCGCGUCUACCAGUAUGUUCUCACACACUCGACCCCUGGAGACCCCGACAGCAUCCUAGAGGCUUUUGACUUCUGGUGUAGCAAGGUGGAGUACAUCAGCAACAUCGGGCCUAAAAAGGGGAAGAUCCUGGACCGGCUGCUGAUGGAGCAGAGCCCUCUGACAGUGUUGGAGCUUGGCUCUCAUUGUGGAUACAGCACCAUCCGAAUCGCCCGGGCUCUGCCACUGGGCGCCAGGCUCUACAGCAUUGAGAUGGAUCAGAGGAAUGCUGCCAUUGCUGAAAAAAUCAUCCGCCUGGCGGGGUUUGAUGAUGACACGGUGGAGCUCAUUGUGAAGCCGUCUGAUGAAGUGAUCCCUCAGAUGAGGUCCAACUACGGUCUGGAGAGGUUGGAUUUUGUCUUCAUGGAUCACUGGAAGAAAUGCUACCUGCCUGACCUGCAGUUGCUGGAGGAGUGUGGUCUGCUGGGAAAAGGAUCUAUGAUCCUAGCUGACAACGUGUUGUUUCCAGGGGCUCCAAAAUUUCUUCGAUACCUUCGCAAGUGCGGCCUGUACGAGUGGAAGAUCCAUCGAGCUACAUUAGAGUACAGCAGAGGCAUCAGGGACGGGAUGGCUGAAUUGGUGUACCAGGGAAUUAAGUAGAAUUGACAUGUUUCGAGUGCAGUAAAGGAUCAUUUUUUUACACAAUGUCCAAAAGUUUUUUAAGCCACAUUAAAAAAAGUGAAAAUUCUCCCCUGAAAACUGUAUUCGACUUGAAAAUGUAAAAUUUUUGCAUCAAGUUUGAAGCAGUGAAGGAAGAGAAGAUAUUUGGGGAACAUUUCUGACCGUGAAACAGGGAAACUACAAGCUCUGUGGCUUCACUUAAUUUAAAGAAGAAAAAAAAUCACCAGAAACCUUGAAAUUGUGUAUUUACAAAGUUGGUAUAAAAAAUGUUGGGGUUUUUUCUGAAAUCUUGUCACCAUCUUGUCAAAGUAACACACCGAAUGCAAAAAUAUAGUUCAAUAUAGAUUACACACCCAAUCACUAGGGAUGCAACGAUACCACUUUUUUUCAAACCGAUACGAUACUGAUACUUUGAUCUGAGUACUCGCCGAUACCGAUACUUCUACCACACAAAAAAAUGCAAUUGGAAUACAGAUUUUAUUUUCUUCUCUGUUUUCAACAGGAAAAGACUGUGAGGUAGAUAAAAAGUAAAAUAUGAAUAGAAAUAAUCACAAAACUAAAAUAUUAGGUCAACAGAAAUGACAAGUUACGGUGAAGCCAUUUUCAAGCAACUGCAUUGGUAUCGGUGCAUCCCUACCAAUCACACAUAAAAAUGGUAAGAAAACUUUUUUUAAAUGCCAGACAUUCCCUCUCUAAGGUUUUCUGGCAUCCUAUAACGUAAACAGAAUGAAUGGUGGAUUCUAACUGCACUUUUUAUUAAAACUGAGUCAAAACAAGCCUUUAUCAGUUUCACACAUUCAUUCCCUUUAAGUCAACAUACAUUCAGCUUACAAACAGUCACACUGCAUUUUAAUUUUUCAUUAUAAGAAAAAUAAACAUUUCCAAGAAAAAAAAACAAGGCGUAGUCAGAAUGAUUUGUCUCAAACCUGCAACUGAUUCUGUAUAAUUUCCAAUAUUGUACCAUAAAGUUAUAAAUACCAACUAA